AUUUUCCCUGGAAAGACAACUUUUACAGAAGUUUCAAAUGCAUUAAUGUUACCAUCUCAGGUUAGAUGAGUCUUGGAAGAACUUGACAUGAACUGUGUCUGUAGCUCAAUUAUGUUUUCUUAUAAGUACUAUGUGAAAUUUUGUCGCUUCUCUGGCAGUAUUUUUAUUUUGGUUUUUAUUAAAAAUAGAUGAUGUUUUUGUACAAAUUCAGUUGGCAUAUUAUUAUGAGGAUGAAGGCUCCUAAAGAAGGUUCUUGUGAUCCCAUUGCUCCUCUUGAACUACCCCAUUCUUUGCAUGCAUUUCAUCGUGUCUCUCAAACGGACACAUUGAAUAUGGAGGGCUACCACACAUAUCGUGGUGGGUUUUGGAACUACUUCAGCAUGGGAAUGGAUGCUCAAGUGUCAUAUGCUUUUCACUCUGAGAGGAAGCUACACCCAGAAAAAUUCAAAAACCAGUUAGUCAAUCAGGUAUCUAUAUUUCUUCUAUUCUGUUCAGAAACAAUGUCAAACAUAAGUCACCCAGUCUGCUUUCCCCUUCACAGAUCAAACAAGAAGGUUAAUUAUAAUAAAUAGUACUCUGCAGUAGUAAAACAGCAGAGAUUAGGUUAAACUAUUGGGUUUUGCGCUUCCUCCCAAAAAAAGCAGUAAAUCUAUUGACUUCAUUGAUAUUGCUUGAAGACUAAUCUCAUAAUAUGUAUCUGCCUAUGAGAUUUGUUUGAUGUGGGAUUUACUUUGUUUGUUUUCCUAAGAAGCAUUA